ACAUGCCGCGCCAGCACACUGUAUCAGCCCGACACUGACUCCCCUACCUACAUCCAAUGAUUAAUCAUGCGCCCUAACCCCACAGCAUCAGCGCCCUUCAGUUUUUCGGGAAUCCGCAUUCAACCCCCGCAGCUACGACACUGUCGUCAUGAUAGGUAUUCUAAUUGGAUAGCCCACAGCAGCGAUUUCCGCUACGUCGAAUGUCCUGCUCACCCCACCGGCUAAAUGGGAUGAACAGCCGUAGCUGGUCGGCAUAUCGAUACAUGCUGCACUCUAUACGUGCUUAUAUCUUGGCUUCAACCUCCAUGUUCUAAACAUCCCUUGGACGAUACUUUCAUUCUGCGACAAGUGACGCCACAGUACAAUAUGACAGACGCGGAACAACAAUAUCAGCUCACGCAAGAGCAAAUCGACUUCUUCUUAGAAAAUGGCUGGCUUAAGCUGAGCAACUGCUUCACAAAGCAGCAAGCAGACGAUUUGCAGUCCACAUUGUGGACUCGUUUGGGCAUGGAUCCAAAUGACAAAUCGACGUGGCAUACCGAACGCAUCAACAUGCCGCACUGGAAAGAGUUCCAAGUUGCCGACUUCGCACCUCGUGCAUGGGGCGGGAUCUGCGGGCUACUAGGUGGCUCGCAUAAAAUCGACAUCGACUCCGAAGUCUCUCUAUGGAAAGACAGCUUCAUAGUGAACCUUGGGACACCGCAGAAGCACAACAAGCUCGUCAAGCCACAAGAUCUGGAUAAUUGGCACGUCGAUGGCGAUUUCUUUGUGCACUACCUCGACUCGCCCGAGCAGGCGCUCCUGGUCAUUCCGCUGUGGACAGACAUUGUGCCCGGUGGCGGUGGCACGAUGAUUUGCCCUGCUGCUAUUUCGCAUAUUGCUAAACAUUUGUAUGAGAAUCCCGAGGGUGUGACGCCACGGAUGACUCCGCGGCGCGAUUACAACGAGGCUGUGCCGGAGCAGGGUCUCACUUGGUAUAUCGAUCUUGCAAAGACGAUGUCGGAUGAGUCAUUUGUGGAGGUUACUGGUGUUGUAGGGGACGUGUUCUUGUUGCAUCCGAUGAUGUUACACAGUGCGAGCAACAACAUGCUUAGGAAGGUGAGGGUCAUUACAAACCCUCCUGUGUCAGUCAAGGACCCGUUUGUCUUUGAUAGAGAAGAUGGAAAUUAUAGUGUGGUAGAGCGUAAGACUCUGCGGGCCUUGGGCAAGGAUAAGCUGAAGGGCUGGAAGAUUACAGCAGAGAGACAGCGGAUAGUACCUGAGCGGGUUAAAGUCCAAGAGCGAAUGAAAACAGAAGAGGAAGGGCGACUCAGGAAGCUGCGGGAGAACGGUACAAGCGUAGAUGGCGCAAAGCAAGUACCUACCUCUGCUUAGUUGUGCCAUGUACGAGCGAGAAGAGGAGCACAUAGGUAGUUCGGACAAACCUAUGCAUACGUAUUCUUUCGUCAGUAUUGUCA